ACCGGCAACGCUAUACAGCCGUGAGUGACGCUAGUGUUGCCCCCACGCAGGACUCGGCUCCUCUCUCUCUCUUUCUCUGUCUGUCUGUCCGUCGGGCAAAAGUGACUGUGGAUGGUAGUUUUUCGUCGCAUGGCCGCGGAGUGGGUGUAGUGAGGACAGUGAGUGGGGUGCGGCGGCGCGCGGCUCAGGACAAGUCUAGAAUGCUGCUGAUGGAGAAGAUGUUGCCUCACCUUGGCUACGUGCAACCCGCCUUCCACGUGCUGAGCCAGCUCGCCAGGCCCGUCCCUCUGCCGCUGGGACAGCAGCUGCCUCCGCUGCCCAGCCUCAACCACUUCGGCAGCCACAAUGGCAUCAAGAUGGGCGGAAUGCCGCCCGCCACCCACGAGGGCGGCCCGCACCCGCUCGCCUUCUCCGUGCUGGGUCGCGGCGGCGGCGGCGGCGGCGGCUUCCUGGAGCGGGCGGGAGGAGACCCCAACGGCGGGCUGCCGGCCGGCCUCCCGUCGCCCUACGAUCGAGACGACGACAAAGAUCUCGACGACGCUGACGGCGACGCGGCGGCGAAGCGGCGGCGGUCGCGCACCAACUUCAACUCGUGGCAGCUGGAGGAGCUGGAGCGCGCGUUCGAGGCGUCGCACUACCCCGACGUGUUCAUGCGCGAGGCGCUGGCCAUGCGCCUCGGCCUCACCGAAAGCAGGGUCGCCCUAGACAUACAUACGACUCUCACCUUUACAGACGACACCCCGAAGAGCGAAAAUAGCUUCCAACACAGCCCCUACAUCAAACGUUCACAGCAACCCUCAUCCUUAACGACCGAAUCUAUAAGGGCGUAA